AUGAUGUCUACAACAAUGGCGGACGGUCUAACCGACGAACAGAUUGUCGAGUUCAAAGAAGCCUUCUGCCUCUUCGACAAGGACGGAGACGGUUGCAUUACGAUUGAGGAGCUGGCGACAGUAAUCCGGUCGUUGGAUCAAAACCCGACGGAGGAAGAGCUUCACGACAUGAUCACGGAGGUCGACGCCGAUGGCAACGGCACCAUCGAGUUCGCGGAGUUCUUGACCCUCAUGGCCAAGAAAAUCAAGGAGACAGAUGCAGAGGAGGAACUAAAAGAGGCCUUCAAAGUGUUUGACAAGGACCAAAAUGGCUACAUCUCCGCCACCGAGUUGAGGCAUGUCAUGAUCAACUUAGGAGAGAAGCUGACCGACGAAGAAGUGGAACAGAUGAUUAAGGAGGCGGACUUGGACGGCGAUGGUCAAGUCAACUACGAUGAAUUCGUCAAGAUGAUGUCCACUAUGGCAUGA